AUGGAUAUUCACCGCUGCCGCUUCGUUCCGUAUAACCCACAGGCUAUCAAUGCGCUCGCGUUUUCCCACCCCCCUUCCAUUGGGCUAGGCGGAAAAGGUGUCCCUACACUACGGCUCGCAGUUGGCCGUGCCAACGGCGAUAUCGAAAUAUGGAAUCCUGCGCGUGGUGCAUGGUUCCAGGAGACGGUCCUGCGUGGCGGAAAAGACCGAAGUAUUGAGGGUCUUGCAUGGACGCUUGACCCGCCAGAGCCAGGGCCAGACGGGCAGCAGAAGCAAGCGGGCCGGUUGCGCCUUUUCAGCAUUGGGUACUCGACGACUGUGACGGAGUGGGAUCUCGAGCAGGGUCGCCCCAAGCGCCAUUCGAGCGGGAACUAUGGAGAAAUGUGGUGUCUUGCUGCGCAGCCGCGGUGGCAGCCGGCGAAGGGACGUGACAACAAACCGAUGCCCGCUGCCCAGGGUGAGUUCACGGGGCAGCAUUUGGCGGCUGGGUGCGCGGAUGGGUCGAUUGUGUUAUUGUCGACUGCAGACGAUGAUUUGAAGUUUUUGCGAACGUUGAGGCCGUCGACGAAGAAGCCGCGCGUGUUGAGUGUUACGUUUCAGAACCGGAAUACGAUUGUUGCGGGCUACGCGGAUAGUUCGAUUCGGGUGUUCGAUAUCCGGAAUGGGCAGCUUUUGCGGACGAUUAGUUUGGGUAAGGGUCCGACGGGAGGUUCGAAGGAGUUGCUAGUAUGGUCGGUGAAGUGCCUGCCAGAUGGGACUAUUGUUUCUGGUGAUUCUGCUGGUGAAGUGCGGUUCUGGGAUGCGAAGAACUACUCACUCAUCCAGCGGCUGCAGGGCCAUUUGGCGGAUACCCUGGAUGUUGCGGUAAGCGCGGACGGCGAGACGGUCGUUAGUGGUGGUGCGGACCAACGGACUGUUGUCUACAGAAAGAAGGCCGGCGAGAAAGGUGACAAGAGCAGUCGAUGGGUGGAGGUGACGCAUCGGAGGUACCAUACCCACGAUGUGAAGACGUUUGCUGUCUACGAGACCAAGAAUCUUAGCGUUGUGGUUUCUGGAGGACCUGAUGCCCACCCGGUUGUCCUCCCCCUACGAGAAUUCGGAAAAGAGCAUCAUCGAAAUCUACCAAGCCUCCCGCAAGUACCUCCGGUCGUCUCCGCGCCUUCCUCUCGGUUGGUAAUGAGCUUUUGGGAUAGAGAGGUCAACAUCUGGCGAGUGUCUCGUGGUCCAACCUCAGUGCAUGAGGUCCCCGAUGGACAGAGACAUCGCUUAGUUGGAAAGGUUCUGAUUCAGGGCGAAGAAAACAUCACCUCUGCAGCCCUCUCUACCGACGGGAAGGUUCUCAUCAUAGCCACAAUUUCCAGCAUCAAGAUCUUCUCCGUGAGACGCCGCAAAGGCGACGAACGAGGCGCCUUGCGCGCCCAAAAGAUCGAUACCCCAGCCUCGAUCUCUGAAGACGGCGCCCGCUUCGUAACCAUUUCCCCAGAUAGCCGGUGGCUCUGCAUUGUCCGCCCCAACAGCGAUAUCUCCCUCGCCAAGAUACAGCCUGCUUCUUCCGCAGCAGAGAAGACUAAAAUCCUGCCGAAGCUUGUCAACCUUCACCGAGCACCCCGCCACACUCGGUUCGAGAAUAUCUCGCAUGGCACCCUAGGCAACUACGAGCGGACAAUCCGGUGCGUCGUCUUCUCGAACAACAGCAAGAUACUUGCCUCGGGCGAUCUCUCCGGCUGCAUUGACACCUGGACGCUCGAACAAACCUCCGAGACGAACCCGCGAAAAAGCACAUCCGAGUCCGAGUCUGAUGAUUCCGACUCCGAUGACGAAGACUCGCCAAUCCUUGAAGGGGAGCGCUGGCGCGCCGUCGCCACGGACUCUCCUAUCCCUCGUCUCAAAUCCAGUAUCGCCCUCCUCUCCUUUCGCCCUUCAGCAACACCCAGCACGUCCCUCAUAAAAGACGGCACAGCAACAAAUGUCGACUCUGAAUCUCGUCUCAUGGCUCUCACAGCAGAACACCAACUCGUCGAGCUCGACGCCCUAGAAGGAAAGCUGUCCGAAUGGUCCCGUCGCAACCCCAAGGCCUUCCUUCCUAGCGAUUUCAAGGGCGUUAAGGACCGCGCAAUGGGCUGUCUCUGGGACUUGUCUGACUCUUCUCGCGAGCGGCUUUGGCUAUACGGUACUUCCUGGCUGUGGAUGUUUGAUCUGAAGCACGAUUUCCCGUCGACUGAGGAGCUGACCGAGGCCGCAACAGCCGAGAACGACAACACUGAGGCAAAUACGACAAAGAAACAGUCUCAUAAACGCAAACGCGAAAUUAAUGAGGAGCUUACUUCCGCAGUGGGCAAAAAGAGCAAGAAGCACAAUACUGGCGCUGGGGAUAAGAUUCCGCUCGCACAGUCUGCUGUCUUCUUCGACUCGAAGGCCCGGACUUUCGUUGGACCUGAUGCGUCACAGGGUGAGCUAGUAUCUCUCGAAGAUCAGAAAGAACGCGAUCCGGAGGAGGAUGACGAGGAGGAUCAGGAAGAUAACGAUGCCCGGCUUGCGCGGCUGCGUAGGGAAGCUAACGCUCACGGUCAAUCGAAUGGCGCCGACGGUCUUGAUGCCGGUUCCAAGCAGCUCGUCAAGUCCGCCCCAGCGCGCCGGUGGUGGUAUACGUACAAGUAUCGGGGGAUUCUGGGGAUUGUACCCUUGAGUUCAAACUCUGAUCAUGCUGACGACGAGCUUGUGGAUGAAAACGUCCACGCUGGGUUAGAAGUCGCGGUUGUGGAGAGGCCGAUGUGGGAUGUUGAUCUGCCGGAUCGAUAUGUGCGCGAGUAUGAAUAG